GCGUCUGAUCAGCUCUGGAAAGUUCUGUGUCCUUCUGCUGAUUCGUCUGGAAACAUUUCUCGAUUUAAAUACGGACACAGUCCUGCAUACAGUGUUACAGCUGCUGAAAGUUCGUGCACGAUACGAGACAGUAGCGCGCACUGAUUUAACGGAAGAACGUGAUUGUAUCUUUGUAUAGCUAGGAAGCGACUCUGCGUUGCGUCUAUCAGUGAAGCACUUAAACUCAGGUGUGAUCGCCGGUUCUCUCACUGAAGAACCUCUGAGGAGAUUUUACACACAAACAUGACUGCAGAAGAAGUGUCAAACGAUGGAAACUGCGUCCAGAUCGAAGGAGAGGACAUCACUCCGAAGAAAGAUGGAGGAGUUCUUAAGCAAGUGAAAAAAGAGGGCACGGGUACGGAGUUGCCUAUGACCGGAGACAAGGUGUUUGUGCAUUAUGUUGGCACGCUUUUGGAUGGCACUCAGUUUGACUCCAGCCGUGAUCGGGGAGAGAAGUUCUCAUUUGAGUUGGGCAAAGGUCAGGUGAUUAAGGCCUGGGAUAUCGGUGUAGCGACCAUGCACAUUGGUGAAAUCUGUCAGCUGAUUUGCAAACCAGAGUACGCAUACGGAGCUGCUGGAAGUCCACCCAAAAUCCCACCCAAUGCCACUCUAGUCUUUCAGGUUGAGUUGUUCGAGUUUCGUGGCGAGGACGUCACUCAAGAUGAAGAUGGUGGAAUUAUUAGGAGAAUCAUCACUAAAGGAGAGGGCUACUCUAAACCCAAUGAGGGGGCAUCUGUGGAAGUGCAUGUGGAAGGCACACAUGAGGGAUGUGUGUUUGAUGAUCGGGACCUGAAGUUUGAAGUGGGAGAUGGAGACAGUCUUGAUCUGCCGUCUGGUGUGGAAAAAGCACUGCAGGCUAUGGAAAAGGGAGAGGAAUCUCUCUUCACUAUCAAAGCAAAAUACGGGUUUGGAAAUGCUGGCUACUCCAAAUUCAACAUUCCACCUGGUGCAACUCUGCAGUACAAAAUUAAGCUGACAAACUUUGAGAAAGCCAAAGAAUCUUGGGAGAUGAACACUGUGGAGAAACUGGAACAGAGUGCAAUCGUCAAAGAGAAGGGAACACAGUAUUUCAAAGAUGGCAAAUACAAGCAGGCGGCAGUGCAGUAUAAGCGCAUCGUGUCAUGGCUGGAGCACGAGUCUGGGCUGCAGGGAGAGGAGGAGGAGAAAGCCAAAGCUCUGCGACUGGCGGCUCACCUCAACCUGGCCAUGUGCUACUUAAAACUACAGGAGCCCAACCUGGCCCUGGAAAACUGUGACAAGGCCCUGGAGCUGGACACAAACAACGAGAAGGCUUUGUUCAGACGAGGAGAGGCGCUGUUUGUGAUGAAGGAGUUUGAUCGGGCGAGAGAAGACUUUCAGCGUGUCGUACAGUUCUAUCCAACUAACAAGGCAGCAAAGAGCCAGGUGGUACAGUGCCAAAAACACAUCAAAGAGCAGCACGAGAAGGACAAACGCCUCUACGCCAACAUGUUUCAGAAGUUUGCAGAGAGGGACGCUAAAAAAGAAGCAGAGCAGGCAAAGAAAGAAGGUGACUCUACCAUGGAGAUCGAGGAAAACGGUGCUCAUGAGCAGACUGCAGCAUAAAUGUAUUUGUGGUUCUUUGUGUCUUGUUUUUUUUACUUGCAACAGUUAGUUCCUCUGAUACGAGUGCGUGCUGAAGAAGUGAUCCUUUUCGUAUAGAAAGUAGCCUUUGUCCUGUUCUGGCUGCCUGGACGGCAUGGUCUGCAUUUAGAUGAGCCUUUGUGUAAAGAAAAGUUUUGCGUGAUGCGAGGCAGCUAGUUUGCCCGGCUGUAUCUUUCACCACUUGUGCACAUGGCUUAAGAAGGGUGAAACAUUGAAUUUUAUGUUAAGGCAGUAGCCCAUGAGUAACCACCAGUAACGGGCCUGGGGAUAAUAUUGCUAGUAAACAAUUGACCGUAUUGCUACUGUACAGAACGUAUCAUUCAGCUGAAGAUGCUUGGAAGCAAAUGUCAGGGCAACAUGACUGUUGAUGUGCUAUAUAGUUUGUAUACAUUUGAUAGCUGUUUUUUCUAUUUUCACUGUUUACUGUCUAGAGUUGUUCAGUUGUGUGAUGUUUUUUUAUUACUGGUUCUCUCAAAUGGAGGUCCAGUGUGGGUUAAGUCCUAUAAUCUUAUGAAUGAAGAGAGUCAGUCUACAGGAGCUCUAUACCAGGAUCUGCAGUGUGUCUAAUGGGUAGGUCUAAGGCACUUAUGGAGAACCACAUCCAAAUUUUAGUUCCACCUUGAUUUUAUCCAAAGGGCAGCUACUUGUGUAGAGUUCACCAAAUCCCAAAUGCAUAACAGUUUUUCUUUAGACAUUAAAACCUGACUGUAUUAACAAGACUGGAAAUCAAUUAAAUCUCAGCGAUUUGCUACUGGCACCAAACUGUUCGAAAGUCAGCGAAUGAAACGUUAAUCAUUUUGUUCAACUCGUUAAUGAUCCACUGUCAAAUAAACAGAUACAGUAAGCUCA